AUGACGUGCUGUGAGGGGUGGACAUCCUGCAAUGGCUUCAGCCUGCUCGUUCUGGUCCUGCUGGGAGUGGUUAUCAAUUGUAUACCCCUGGGUAUCAGCUUGGUGAAGGCAGACUCCAUGUCUCAAAACCCCAUCUCCUGCUAUGAAUGGUGGUUCCCAGGAAUUAUAGGAGCGGGUCUGAUGGCCAUCCCGGCAACAACAAUGUCCUUGGCAGCAAGGAAGCGAGCGUGCUGCAAUAACAAGACCGGGAUGUUUCUUUCAUCGCUCUUAAGUGUGAUCACGGUCGUCGGUGCUGUGUAUUGCAUGUUGGUAUCACUCCUGGCUCUCUUGGAAGGUCCUCUAAUUUGUAACACUCAGGCCAACAGUACUGUCACUUGUGAAUUUUCGUUGAAAAACUUAAGCAAUUUUCAACCUGAAUCCUUCAAUCUGCUGUGGUUCUUCAAUGAUACUUGUGUUUCUCCGACUGAUUUUAAAACCCCCACCAUCGAAAACAUGAUCAGUAACUGGAAAAUACCCAACUCCGACUCUGAAGAAGACAGACACAGGAUUUUCCACUUCUCAGUAUUUAUGAGUCUCCUGCUUGUUGGAAUCCUUGAGCUCCUGUUUGGGCUCAGUCAGAUACUCAUUGGUUUCUUUGGCUGUCUGUGUGGUGUCUCUCAGCGACGGAAUCAAUUUGUAUAA